GGAGCUUCGGUUGGAGGAAGUAGUUCCACAGAUUGAAUGUGUGUGUGAGUGAGUGUGUGUGCAGCGGUAGUUACCUCCAUAGUGAGUGAGAGUGCCGCUAAAGAACCACUGGAUCUAAAGACAGCACGAGCCAAGUUUGAAGACACCGAAGAAGUGUUUUUUUUUUUUUUCUUUCCUCAUUGUUUUUCUUCUUCUGCGGUUCGGUGCAAGUCGAAGCGGUCCAGAAGCGAGCAGUAUGCAUUCGGACUGCAGGCUGUUAUGGGCAGAGUGGUAAUGGUGGGCAGGGGACCGACAGGGGCUGGGGUUCUCGUCCUGUCGAUUCUCAUCAUUCUCACCACGGAAAGCUGUCGCGCGCAGAAAGGUGAUGGCUGUGGUCCCAGUGUGCUUGGCCCCACCAGUGGGACUCUGUCCUCUAUGGGUUACCCGGGGACAUACCCGAACAAUACAGUGUGUGAGUGGGAGAUCAGUGUUCCUCGCGGUAACCGGAUCCACUUUCGCUUCGCCUCGCUGGACAUAGAAGACAGCGACUGCCAGGUCAACUACCUCCGCCUCUACAACGGCAUCGGACCUCAGAGGAAUGAGAUCGUCAAGUACUGUGGUUUGGGUCUGAAGAUUAAAGAUCUUAUCGAGUCCACUGGCAAUGAGGUCACUGUCCAGUUCAUGAGUGGGACCCACCACACUGGGCGUGGAUUCUACCUGUCCUACUCCACCACAGAGCACACAGAUUUAAUCACCUGCCUGGACAAAGGAGCUGAUUUCCCCGAGGCAGAGUACAGUAAAUACUGCCCAGCAGGCUGUUUGGCAUCUACUGAGGAGGUUUCUGGAACUAUACCUAAUGGAUACAGAGAAUCGUCUCCCCUGUGCAUGGCAGCCAUCCAUGCAGGCGUGGCGUCCAACGCUGUAGGAGGGAGGAUCAGUGUGGUCACCAGCAAGGGCAUCCACCGUUAUGAGGGCACACUGGCAAAUAAUGUCACUUCUACUGGAGGAAUUGGAUCAAAUAGCCUCUUCACUUUUAGGACCAAUGGUUGCUAUGGAACGCUAGGUCUGGAGUCUGGUGGCGUUGCAGAUACUCAGCUCUCUGCAUCGUCUGUGUGGGAGUGGAACAGUAUCUGGGGAACAUCAGGAGCACGGCUCAAGAAGGUGGGACUACCCUGGGCACCUUCACGCAAUGACCAGCAACAGUUUCUGCAGGUCGACCUCAAGAGGGAGAAGAGAAUCACAGCCAUAAUCACCACUGGUUCUACCUUGAGAGAACACCAGUACUACGUUUCAGCAUACAGAGUCCAGUACAGUAAUGAUGGCCAGCUUUGGUACAGCUACAGGGAAGCAAAUACUACACAAGACAAGAUUUUCCAAGGCAACAUCAACUAUGACCAUGAGGUGAGGAACAACUUCAUUCCUCCUAUCGAGGCCAGAUUUCUGAGGAUAAAUCCUGCAGCAUGGCACCAGAGAAUUGCGCUGAAGUUGGAGCUGCUUGGCUGCCAGAUUCCCUCAGCGAGGAGGCAGGAUCCAAGGGCAGGACCGAGGAUGUUGCCCCCCUUUCGUCCUACCCCUCCCGCUGGGGGCACAAAGCGCCCGCCUCAGCUCGACCAAACCACACACACACCAGACAUCAGAAAUACCACAAUGCCCCCACACACUGGCAAAGAUGUGGCCCUGGCUGCAGUCCUGGUCCCUGUGUUGGUCAUGGUUCUGACGGCUCUCAUUGUGAUUGUAGUUUGUGCUUGGCAAUGGAGGAACAGAAAAAAGAGCACUGAAGGAACAUACGAUCUUCCUCACUGGGAUCGCACAGACUGGUGGAAAAGUAUGAAGCAGCUGCUGCCAUCCAAGAUGGUGGAGACUGAGGAUUCAGUUCGGUACAGCAGCAGCGAGGUGGGCCGGAUAACAGGGAGAGGUGCUGUACCCAGACUACAUGCUGAACCUGCAGAAUAUGCCCAGCCGUUGGUCAGCGGUGUAACAACACUGGGUCCACGUUCAACCUUUAAACCAGAUGAGGGACCGGAUCCAGGAUAUACAGAUCCAGACCUGUAUGACGCCCCCAUCUCACCAGACUUGUACCACGCCUAUGCAGAACCUCUACCAGCUUCAGGAGCUGAAUACGCCACGCCUAUUGUGGUUGACAUGGGUUGCCACCCAUCAGGGGGCUCCUCUAUGAGUCAGUCCUUCAAAGGUGCUGGUCCCGCCUCCAUGCUCACAAAGACAGACACCGGCCAGUCAGGGAGGUCGGCAUACGAUACACCGAAAAAUGCCACUGGACAGGUCACGCCUACAGAGGAUCUGACCUAUCAGGUACCUCAGAGAAGCACUCAGAAGCCGACAGCACAGAGCUGAAGAGCAGCGAGUCUGGAUGCACAUAGCCUUAAUCUGCCCCUCACUGCCAACACAACCCGAUGGACAAAGACGAAGGGUUGGAAAAAGAGGAUGAGCAGGUGCGAGCCCUGAGCCGGGGCUCGAGUCUUGAAUGAACUACCUUAGCUUUAGAUUCAUCUGGAGAUGUCUGUAUUGUGUAAUUGUAUAUGUGCAUGGCCACAGUCUGCUUGUGUAGUGCCAUUACAGUCCUAUCACUGAAACCACAAAGAUGAAUGUGCUUGUGCCAGCUUGGAGAAUAGGAGAUGGGAGAGAGGAUGAAAAGGAGAGAGCUGACUACUAGUCCUUAAAGACAUUGUCCCUGUUCUGUGAUUCUUAGUUUUUACAUUCUGUGAAACUGUGAUUUCCAAUAUUCUGUUACAUACUGAACCAGGUUCACCUGAAUGGUCUACGAUUUCCAUUCAGAACAGAUGGCAUGUUGUGUAAGUAGCCCACAUCCACAGUCCAACUCCCUAGUUUUCCAUGGUACGUUCUGUCUUACUUUUGUUUUGAAAGCAUGACUUGAAAUUGUGUAUAGUUCUAGUAAAUAAUUCCAUUACUGCAAACCUUUUAAAAAAUUCCACAUAAUUUACAGAUAUUUAUUUUUAUUUCACAUCCUGCUGAUAAGAAGAAUCUUAAAACACCCUCCAUCGCCCGCAGUGACUACAGAUCAAAGAAUUGCACUGUUGUAAAUGGGAGCACUGUUGUGUCACAGUGAAAACCUGUUGGUGACUGAGAUGUUUGUGUGUUAACUUGAAGAGGCUGAUGGGGAGGGUCAGUCCCAUGAGCUCCCUGUGUGAGGAAAUAACCUUUUUUUUUUUUUUUAAAUAAUGUCAAAGACCAAAUGCUGCCUUUUCUUUGUUUAUGCAAUGUUGAUUCCCAAGAUUCAACUUUGACAUUUAGUGCCAACAGUACAACCAAAUACAAAUAAAGAUCAAAUCAGUCUUAAUGUGAGGAAAAAAACCUGAUUUUAACUGUUUAGGUGUUUGUCCCGUAACAAGGUACAAAGAAAGGGAUAAAGCUGUUUCAGCCAAUAGAUUCAUACUAAUGCCUUGUGGUGUCUUGAAUUUCCAGUGUUUGUCCUGAACAUUUUUGAUUUUGAGAGUUGUGGUGAUUUUCUGUAGAUGAAAAGGUGCUUGAUCUGUUCAGAUGUAUAUGGGUGUGACCUGUUCCUUCUUUGUAUCUUUGUGCAUUAACAUCUGUAUGUGUGGUGAGCUGUUUGAAUCCAAACAGCUCACCAUUCAGUCUUGUCUGUUUUGUGGACUUGUUACUGGGAGACUUUAAUUGUCUGUAGUGCCAGUGGUUGUUAAAUACUGGCAGUUCACAGUAGAUUGCAUUCCUCUCCUGUCCAUCUGUGGUACUGUGUAGACCAAACACUCAGCAGCCGAACGCAGACUGAAGAGAAACACGGAACAAGCUGCUCGAUACCUUCACACAGCUGUGCCACAAAUCAUGCUUGGAUUCUGCUCAGUAACCAAAGCAGUCUAGAUAGGUGACUUAGUGCUCCCUGGUUACCACGGGGUUGUGCUUGUGAUGCUUUCACUGACUGUAUAUAGAGAAAAAAUAAUAAAGAGUUUUUAAAAGAA